AUGCCGCCACUCGUCGGGUCUAAGCUGUCCGGUUCGGUAAACACGUACUCGUAUUCGGUUGUCGUUGCUCCAUCCCCGUCGCCGGUUGAGCCGUCCGUUUCGCUAUCGUCCGGCAACCGUCCCGCAUUGGAUUCUCAUCUUGUGGCCUCAAGUGUUGUCCCGCAAGGCAGUACCGCCAGCACACGCUGCGAUGAAAUCUUCCUGUCCACAGUAGCGAUAAAGGUGAAGGAUAUCAACAAAAAUUACCACUACGCCCGCGGAGUUCUGGAUAGCUGUUCUCAAGCGAACUUUAUAUCCGAAGCCUUAGCACGAAAGCUGGAACUAAAACGUGAACGAACCAGUACCGAAGUAAGUGGUAUUGGCCAAGGAGUAGUCCAUAUUCGCUCGAAGGUUAUGAUUAAAAUCUCGUCUCGUUUCGGAGGCUUAGACUACGUUCUCGAAUGCCUCGUCGUAACGCUUCCAAGCAAGCAUAUCGAUAUUUCUGGUUGGAAUAUUCCCCACAAUGUCCCGCUCGCAGACCCGAAAUUCAACAUCAGCUCUGGGGUCAACAUUCUAAUCGGAGGUGAAUUAUUCUAUUCGCUAUUGGAAGCACACAAGGUCAAUCUCUCUACCGGCUACCCGAUGCUUCAAAGGGCAACGUUUGGGUACGUUGUUGCAGGUCGUCUAUCCAAUACAUCGCGUAGUCCUUCAAUUUGUGUAAUCAGUAGUACUUCCUGCCUUGAUAGUAAGCUACAACGCUUUUGGGAAGCAGAAAAUUUCGACGGUCAUAAGGCGAUGACUCCGUUGGAAGAAGCAUGUGAGGAGCACUUCCGAAGGAAUGUGACCAGGACAAAGGAUGGUCGUUACAUGGUUCGACUUCCGGUACGGGAGGAAAUGCUUGCAAUGUUGGGCGAUUCGUUUGCGGUGGCACAACGUAGAUUCUGGGCAAUUGAGCGGAAAUUUGAAUUAAACAGCCAUUUUAAGAACGCGUAUGUGAACUUUAUGGAAGAGUAUGCAACACUAGGCCACAUGGAGUUGAGCCCGCGUGUCGAAAAUUCCCAGUUUGUCCUACCACACCAUGCCAUCUUUCGCCCUGAUAGUUCCACCACAAAAACGCGCGUCGUCUUUGACGCAACCUGUAGAGGCAGUUCCCAGUUGUCGUUAAACGAUAUAUUACCCGUUGGACCGAUCGUUCAGCCGCCUCUGCUCGCUAUCGUCCUCAGCUGGAGGAUUCCUCGUUUCGUGUUCAAGGCAGAUGCAGAGAAAAUGUUUCGCCAAGUCUGGAUCCACCCAUUGGACCGAAAGUUUCUACAAGUACUAUGGCGAUCUAGCUCGUUGCAGCAAGUCCAGCGAUACCAACUUCCCACAGUGACAUACGGGACUUCUUGUGCACCCUUCCUCGCAACUCGAGUGCUAAACCAACUGGCGAAAGACGAAGGGCACAGAUUUCCGCUUGGCGCCAAGAUUGUUCUGGAAGACUUUUAUAUGGACGACGCGUUAUCCAGAGAAAACGAUUUACUAACAGCAAUCGAAGCGUGA